AUGGGGGAGCCGCGGGGCGCGGCGCUGAGGGCGGCGGCGGCCGCGCUGCUCGGGGCCGGCGCCUGCUACUGCCUGUGGCGGCUGACGGCGGGCGGGCGGCGGGCGGGGGCCGUGCGGGGGCCGCCGGCAGACAGCAGUCCUCCAGUGUCAACCCAUGGCAUGGAUGCAGAUGCUCUACAGAAACUGAUUCAUUUGCUCCAGGCCACAGAUGAUCCAUUAAUUCAAGAGCAAGCUUUAAUCACUCUCAGCAACAGUGCUGCCUUCUCUGUAAAUCAAGAUAUAAUCCGAAGUUUGGAUGGCCUUUCUGUUAUUGGAGGGAUGCUCUCUGAUUGCGUUCCCAAAGUUAAAGAAAAAGCACUAAAUGCGCUUAAUAAUUUGAGUAUGAAUAUUAAAAAUCAGGAAAAGAUACAGGUAUAUAUUACACAAGUUUGUAGGAUCGUUGAGUCAGCUCCCCUCAACUCUGAUCUGCAGCUAGCUGGACUCAGGCUGUUGACAAAUAUGUCUGUUACCAAUGACUACCAUCAAAAGAUGAUAAACUCAAUUCCAUGCUUUCUUCAUUUGCUUUCAGAAGGAACUGAAAGGACACAGAUUCAAGUUUUGAAAGUACUUGUGAACUUAUCUGCAAACCCAGCCAUAACAAGACAUCUUCUCAGAGCUCAAGUGCCAUCAUUGCUGUUACUUUUUGACAACUAUAUAAACAGAGAUAUUCUGCUCAGAGCCCUGGCAUUUGCAGCAAACUUGAAAAAGAACAUGAACAAUGAAGAUGGCACCGUAACUGAGGACCAAUACAGUGAAGACUCAAUUUUCUUUACACUCUGCAGGGACUCUGCCCCAUUUGCUCAGAAACUGGCGUUUUUGCUGCAUCACCCCGACAUAGAAGUGAAAGAACAAGUUGUGAGAAUAUUAACACAAUAGUGUUGUUUUCUAAAAACAGACUGACCUGAUGAAAAUAUUUAAUCUUGGGAAUGCUAUGCUAAAAAAACCUGCAACAAGCAAACAAUAAAACAACAAUGACAAAUAAACCCUGAAUACUACCAUAUUACCAGGCACAAAUCAGUUAGUGCAAAAGAGUAUUUAAUAUAGAGAGCAUAACAGAUUUUUUUUACAAGCAAGAGAAAAGCAAUAGCUUAAUUAACUACAGUGCAGUUAACCACAACUGUGCAAAGUUUCUACACUUGAACAAAAAUUGGAAGGAUUUUAUUUUGCUUUAAAAUCGUCACUUUAAGGAAAGCAGGCAUAUUUUUAAAAAUAUUUUAUUAAGAGUCAAACAUUAUCUGCAACUGCAAUUUAGUAUUCUCGUCUUUAUAAAAAAGUCUAUGAGAGCAGUAUCAUACACAUUUUUACAAAAGCUUCCUAUUCUGUAGCAGCCCUUGAGCCUGCUUUCCUUGGAGAACUUUACUCCAUUUUUCUGCAACUGGAACAUCAUUGGAAUAAGUGCUUCUGCUGAAUUACCCUCCAUAAAGUUUAAGUCAUCAGUUGAGCAUUAAUUCAAAAUGAAGUGGAAUACAUAUAAACAUCACUGUAAAAGAACCUGAAUGGAGUUUCAUUGAUGAACAGAAAACAUACUGGAAAAGACUUCUCAAACCAGACUGCUAAAAAACUUCCUAACACUUGUAUUAUAGAGAAAGUAAAAAAAGCAUCGGUUUUCCACUUUGUACCAUUUUUAAGAGAACUGUAUCACCUAAACUGUUACCAGGUGCUUCAUCUUUCUAAGUUAAUAUACCCACUCUGCUCUUAAUAAAACAUUCCUAUCUUCUCUUUCUGUAAUGCAA